AUGGCAGCAUCUGGGAUGCGCGUGCUGGUGCUGGCAGCGCUGGCGGUGGGGCUGCUGGCGGCGGCGGUGAGUGGAGCGCGGGACGCGAUGAAGGUAGCCAGGGGCCUGGUCCCCACGGACGGUGGGGGCGGUGGGGUGGCUGGCGGGGCGGCGGCGGGGCAGCAGAGGAAGGGCGCGCGCAUUCUGGCGGCUGAGACCUUUGCUCACCACGCCCCUCUGCCCGACUACCUCGACCACAUCCCCCGCCGCCAGGCCCUCGCCACCAGUACGCGCUGCCACUCCCUCCUCUCCCUCUCUUCCCUGUCUUGGAUCCUUAGGCUGCUGUUCCUUUCUUCUCACAGCGCGUUCCUGCUCCCCUUGCCUCUCAUUUCUCUGUUCUCCUUGCCUCUGAUUCCCUCUCACUUCUCUGCUCUCCUUGCCUCUUAUUUCUCUGCUCCCCUUGCCUCUCAUUUCUCUUAUCUCCUUGUCUCCUUUAUCUUUGCUCGCUUCCCUCUCAUUUCUGCUCGCCUUGGCUCUCGUUUCUUUGCCCCCCUUUGCUCCCAUUUCUCUGCUUUCCAUGGCUCUCAUUUCUCUGCUCCCCUUUGCUCUCAUUUCGCUGCUCACUUUGGCUCUCAGUUCUCUGCUCCCCUUACCUCUCAUUCCGCAUGCGGGCGCACGACGGUGACGAUCCGCUCGCAGUACCUGGGGCCGUACGACCUGCACAACGACAUCUACAAUAUGACCUUCUACAACGGCUGCGCCUACAACUUGGCGGAGGGAGGAGGAGGUGGUGGGGAAAGUUCCGGAGAGGGUAUCUGCAUGCAAUGCAAGCAUUCGCUGCUGCUGUCGAUUGUCCGAGCCACGCCUCGCCUCAAAAAGGCUACUGCGACCAUCGCAGCCGACCUGGCCUCACAAGCAGCCGACCUGGCCUCACAAGCAGCCGACCUGGCCUCACAAGCAGCCGACCUGGCCUCACAAGCAGCCGACCUGGCCUCACAAGCAGCCGACCUGGCCUCACAAGCACCACUCCUUCCUCAGACCCGUCCAUCCUCUUUCCCUCUGUUAUGGUGA